UCCAUACAACCGGGGCUAUCGGGCCAGGUGUUAUCUGAACAGUUGGCUACUGAGAGACAGUUUACCUGCGUCUGUGUACAAGCAUACCAUCAUGAAGUUCCUAAUCACAGCUGUGGCGUCGGCCGUCCUUCUCGGUUUGGUGUCCUGCAACUCUGAGCCCCAGAAGGAGGUGAUGUUUUUCAAAGCCGUCGACAAGGACAAAGACCAAAAACUAACAAGCACUGAGUUGGAAAAUGUCUUUCUCCUCUUUGAUGGCAAUAAUGACACGCAGAUCUUAAAGUCGGAGUUUGAGUCUGAAUGGGUUACCAAGUUUGCUUUAGGACCGAAAGCGGAGGCUGACGCGCUAUUCGAUGCCGCCGAUGCAAAUGACGAUGGCAAAAUCACCAAGGCGGAUCUUCCUUACAUCUUCCAGUAUUUCGACAUGGACAGUGAUGGUUCCGUUGACAUGAAUGAGUUCCUAACACAGUGGGGUGACCUCACGCUAAUCCCAGUCCAAGUUGGCAAGUAGGAGCGGUGUCCUUUGAUAAGACAUGGCAUUUGAACUGUAUAUUUAAUAAAAACUGUUGAGUCUAA